AUGGUGAACAGGGUCCUCCUGAUCACCGCCAUCACCUCCCUCCUGUCCGGAGCUCUCGCCAAAGACACACACAUCCCGACUGCGGUGACCACAGAAGACCCUCGUCCUAAGCCGCCACCACCUCCGCACAAAGUCAUCGCAGCCUUCUUCGUCGACUCCGCCUGCGAAACGCCAAUCCCAAUCCCCAAAGACGGUCCAUCCCGGCCCUCGACCAGAACAAUCGUGCCAGGCGCAUGUGUCAAUGAUUUCGACCUGACGACUUAUAGCAGCGUCAACAUCACCCACAUCGACAACUUCUUCAAUGGCAAGAACGCUGCACUGGAGAUCGGUAGCAGUAGCGACGAGACGUGCGACUUCACGAACAGUGUCAAAUUCGAUAUUUCGAACACAAAGUUGGUGAAUGAGUGUUUGUUCAUUGGCAUUCCGCAGACUUCGCCCGGGAGGCCGCUGUUGCCAGGAGACGAAUAUCAGAUAAGCGCGUUGUUAGAGGACCUACCGUCGCUGAAGACUAGGGCGGAGUCUUGCGUGACUACUGGACGGCAUCCCGCUGUUUGA